AUGAUUGGUGACAUCGUAGAAACUAAACAAUGCCAACUAAAAGAUCCCAUGGAUUUGUUUCAUUCUGGGCAAGUUGUAAAAAUAUGUGCCCCUAUGGUCCGCUAUUCAAAGUUGGCUUUCAGAACCUUGGUUAGGAAAUACAGUUGCGAUUUGUGUUACACACCGAUGAUAGUGGCAGCUGAUUUUGUGAGAUCUGCAAAAGCUAGAGACAGCGAAUUCACAACAAACAAAGGUGAUCAUCCAUUGAUUGUUCAGUUUGCUGCUAAAGAAGCACAGGUUUUGUGUGAUGCUGCCCGUAUCGUCUGUCCUUUUGCAGAUGGAAUAGACCUAAACUGUGGCUGCCCUCAGAGAUGGGCGAUGGCAGAAGGUUAUGGUGCUUGCUUAAUAAAUAAACCAGAGCUCAUUCGAGAUAUGGUGAGACAUGUUCGGAAUCAGAUUGACAACCCUAGAUUUUCAGUAUCUAUUAAAAUAAGGAUCCAUGAGGACUUAAAAAGAACAGUUGACCUGUGUCAAAAAGCUGAAGCAACUGGAGUUUCAUGGAUUACAGUACAUGGGAGAAGUGUAGAAGAAAGGCAUCAGCCUGUACAUUAUGAUGCAAUUAAAAUAAUUAAACAAAGCGUGUCUAUACCUAUUGUGGCUAAUGGAGACAUUAAAACUUUAAAAGAUGCUGAAAAUGUUCAUCAUUUGACAGGAGCAGAUGGUAUAAUGGUGGCUAGAGGACUCUUAGCAAAUCCAGCUAUGUUUGCAGGAUACGAAGAGACACCUUUGAAGUGCAUCCAGGACUGGGUUGACAUUGCUCUCGAGCAUGGAACUCCUUUUACGUGUUUUCACCACCACUUAAUGUACAUGAUGGAACGGAUAACUUCAAAACAAGAAAAAAAAGUUUUUAAUGUUUUAUCAAGUACCUCAGCAGUACUAGAUUAUCUGAGUGACCAUUAUGGUGUGUGAUAACUGAAAGUAUUUUAGCUCUAUGUAAACUUGUAUUUUGCAAUUGUCGAUAACAUUGUUAAAGUUCUAAUUGGGUUCCGACUUUUUUGUCACAUUCAUAUAGGGCAUAAGUAUUUUCAACAACACAGCAUAACAUUAUGAUCAGGGUGAUACUUUCUAUUUUUAGUAUUUUUGUGUCAGCAUUUUUCACUCCAGAAAAUAUUCCAGAUUCCACAAAUGCGGAAUUCUAUUUACAAUGCACUACUACACAGAGGAUUGAUUAUUGUAAGACUCGAGUAAUUUAAUUUAUUUUUUCACCAGACAAUUGCUUACAGCAAUAUGUUUGCAAAACUAGGGCCUUUCUUA